CUUUGAUGCAGUUGCUGUGGAGCAACAUGUACCCCCAAUCGGAGUUGGAUAACUACAAAUUGCAAGUGGAUUUACUACAGGAAAAACUCAAACAAAGUGAGGAAAAUCGGCAGCAACUACAGAAAGAACUUCAGCACAUUUUACAGCGGCGUAGUGAGCAUGACAAAUCAGUACGCGCAAAAAUAAGACAAAAAUAUCAAAGCUUUCUGGAUGAGCAGGAGCGACGAAACGAACGCAAUCAGCUGCUAAUGCAAAUGCUCGAGCGCAUCGAUCAGCAAUCAGCGGCGCUAUCGGCGCGCAGUGAGCGGCUCAAAAUGAUGAAGCUUCAGUACGAGCGCUAUUUUGCCAAACUGAUGCAGGCACAGCCCGUGCGUUGCAUACAAAAUCUAGGAGUAACAAGCGGAUCCACAGCGGAGGCCAUGCCAAUGAGCGCAGUGCCGACAGCCGCACCAAUACCUGUGUUAUUACCCGCUGUUGCCACACAGACUCCAACUACUAUGCUACCUACUGCCACAACUGGAGGCGAGGCCACAGCAGCAGCACCGUCAAUGCAACCUAUGACAGCCACCAUGGAAGCGGUAACAGCUGCAGCACAGUCAGCCGCAUUGACGCCGCGCAUGUGGACAUUUGCCAUGGCCACGCCGACCACAGCAGGAUUGUUGCUGACUGGAGCGCCGACAGCGGCAAUGGGAGCAGCACCACUACAGUCCACGGUGGCACCCUUUUUGCAAUAUCCGCUGGGAUAUGGGCCACUUUUGCAACAACCACUUCAACAACAGCAGCAACUGCAAAUGUCAUUCGCUGGAGUUCCAACAGCCACCACUGGAUCAGUGGGAGUUAUAAAUCGAGCGGAUUUCCCACAAAGUUGCGAUGUUGAGAAAACUGAAAAUCCGCUCAGUGGCUUAAGGAAAUACGGAACAACGGAAAAUAGCAACGCGAUUGACGCCACGGAAACAACAGCUCUCCAAAUGUUGAGUAAACCAGCGGGUGAGACAGGUGCAACACCGAAGCAGCAGCCAGCCAAGCAGUACGAACAUUCGCCACAAGAUGCAUCAAGCAUAGAUGCAAGACCUGAAGAAAAAGUGGAGUAUACAGUGUCACCAGCAGAGACACACAUAUCGCCUCGCGAACUAACUGAGUUUCCGGCGUUAGAUAAACAGUCGGAACAACAAUCAGAUUUUAAUACUUCUAUCAAAACUACCGAGUAUCCAGUCGCUGGUGCAACGACAGAACCCAGCUUCACUACCAGUGAAGUCCUCAACAGCAAUUCAGGCAUUAAAUUGGAAGACGCAAAUUCCCCAGAAGACUUCAUGUCUUAUGCAAAACUCAACGAUGACUAUGAAAUACCCAAAUUGGAAGCGCCUACUUCAGACAGCUUCGAAGAAACUUACAACAAACCAAGUUCUUUUCUGAGUUCUACAAACUCUUGGCAGAAGAAGGGCCCCGCUACUUUGAAUACAGCGGAAGAGCACAUGCGAAAGAUUGCAGAAAUCGAUCAAAAAUAUGGCACGGCGGACACUGUGGCAUACAGUGAGGGCUCCAGUAACGUGGAUAACAAUGCACCUCUGACUGAAUUUAAACGAUUCUCGGAGAUUAUUAACCCGAAACAAAAGGGAACUGGAGAAGCGCCACCAACAGCUCUGGAAAACGUGGAUAACCAAUCGUGGCAAUCACAUUCUGGCUCAAUGGAAUAUAUACCAAAAACAACCACUUCUAAUACUUCGGCACUCCCAAAGCAGGUCUCAAUUGAUAAUAUUGAAAACGCCAUUUAUGGCGAGUUAGUCAACCCACAGAUAAAUGAGGCACCAACACUACGCAGCACCGCUCAAGGUUUCUUCACCGAAUUACUCGGCCAGCAGGAGCCGUCAGAGGUAAGCGACAGUCUUCAAGAAAGCAGCGCUAAAGAACAACAAAAUGUCUCAGCUGAUGGAGUAGAGGCCCCAAAUCUCUCCGCAACUACAGAUAACAUGGCUUUGGGCUACGCUAUUGAUGACAAUGAGGCGUCGCAAAUGAGUACAGAACAAUUCACAAACGACGUGAAUAACAGUAACGUGAAUGAUCCACAAAAUCAAACCCCUUAUGCCACACCCAAUCCAGAUUUGUACCAACAACCUAUUCCAACAGAAGGCGCCUAUGGGAAUGUGGAAACAGGAAAUGAAUACAGCGACUAUCCAACAAACCAAGCAGCUGAUCCGAUUGCGGGCAACAGCAGCAACGAUCAGCAACUACAAGAACAACCACAGGACUACACACAGCAGGACUAUGGCAACUAUGAUGCAUCCCAGUAUGGCAACUAUGAUCCGAAUGCAUAUCCAGGCUAUAUAUACGACCAAGCCAUCGGCCAGUACAUCGCCGAUCCAAAUUACGUUGCUGCCGAAGGCAGUAAUGCGGAAGCGGCCUAUGCGACGCAAGACUAUAGCGAACAGCUGCCACAAGAGCAACUAAACUAUCAGAGUAGUCAAGGGCAGGAAGCUAACUAUGCGUAUGAGAACAACACUUACGCCACUACAGCACCAGUUACACCAGAAAACGCAGAGGUGAGUGCUACACCCGCAACCGCUGACGUUGUGAGCUUGCCAACGCCGGAGCCAGACCCAACGGCGCCAGCGCCAGCACCAAUUGAAUCGGUAGCAGAGCCACCUCCGACAAGCACUUCGAAAGUGCUGAAACCUACAUCGAUUCUGUCGACUGCGGAGAAGCAUGCGGCUCAAACUGAUGCGCAAAAGAAGAAGAAGCGCGUUAAUUUUGUGGAUAGCAGCGAGACGGAUGACAGCUCCAGCGCCAAAUUGCCAGGCCCUGGUGCGGUGGGCAGUGAGAGUGAUUUUGAUUUUUCGAGUGGCGCAGAGACAUCGGUAGGCUAGGGAGUGUAGCAGCUUACAAAUUUACUUUAUAAUACAUACAAACUAUUUAUUCUGCAUGCCAUCAAAAGUGGAAUGAAUA